GUGGACACUCCACAUCGGAUUCUGGUUUGACAGAAAUGAGUUCCUCCCCCUCAGUUGAUUGAAAACCCCAGCCAGCACUAAAAGGACUGACAAACAAUGGCCCUCUGUUUUCGCAGUUGAGGAGCUUUUAAUGUCUUUCUGCUUUACUCUCUUUCUCUUUGUUUUAUAUUCAGAAAGCUCUCAUUUUUCUUCAAAUCAUUAAGAUUUCCUUCGGGGUUCUCUCUCUUUGUGAGUAACUGUGUUGCUCCUGUUCCUUUCGCCGCGAAUAAUUCCUGAAAUUUCCUCUGUCCCGACGCCGUUUAGGAGAGACUAAAGAAACAAGAAUGGUUUUUCAUUUUCAUCUCUUAUCUUAUCAAUAACAGCUAUAAAAUUUCAUCAUCUCUCAGUUCAGACACAAUCUUUUUCUUCUGUUUUCUUGUUCCCUCCGAACUGGUUAAACCAUUUUCACGUGUUCUCUGUUUCGUUUAACUCAUCGUUUAUGUUUAUGUUGUUGUUGUUGUUCUUCUUCUUCUUCUUCUGCAGAGAAAAGAAAUGCUCAAUUCAAAUUAAGUUAAGAAUGUUGUUUAAGUUCUGCUUUUUGCUUGCUUUUUAUCCUUCUUUUAUACAAUCAUUAGUCCCAACAUUGAACGACGAUGUUCUUGGGUUAAUCUUCUUCAAGUCAGCAAUUGAAGACCCUGAUGGGAAAUUGGCAUCUUGGAAUGAAGAAGAUGAAAGUCCCUGCAACUGGGUUGGUGUCAAAUGUGAUCCGGUGACGAACCAGGUCACCCGGCUCACUCUUGAUGGCUUAUCUCUUUCUGGGCAUAUUGGCCGUGGCCUCUCACGGUUACAGUUUCUUCAAGUUCUUUCUUUAUCAAAAAACAACUUUUCUGGGACUAUAAACCCUGAUCUUUCACGCUUUGGUACCUUACAAGUUAUGGAUUUUAGUGACAAUAAUCUAUCUGGUUCUGUCCCUGAUGAGUUGUUUAAACAAUGUGGGACUUUAAGAGUGGUUUCAUUUGCAAAAAACAAGCUUAAUGGUCAGCUUCCUGAUUCAUUAAGCUAUUGUCCAAAUUUAGUCUCAGUCAAUUUUUCAUGUAAUCAGCUUUCUGGGCGAUUGCCUGCUGGCAUAUGGUAUUUGAGGAGUCUUCAAUCUCUUGAUUUGUCUGAUAAUUUACUGGAGGGAGAUGUUGUUGACGGAAUUGCAAAUUUGUAUGAUCUGAGAGCCUUAAAUUUAGGUAAAAACAAGUUUUCUGGGCUGCUUCCGGAUGAUAUUGGAGGUUGUUCACUACUGAAAGUUGUUGAUUUUAGUAAGAAUUCUUUGUCUGGAAGCCUUCCGGAUUCAUUGCAAAGACUGAAUUCGUGUGCUUCUCUUUAUUUACAUGGAAAUUUAUUCACUGGAGAAGUUCCAGAAUGGAUUGGAGAACUGAAAAAUCUUGAAAAAUUGGAUCUUUCUGAGAAUUAUUUCUCUGGUAGGAUUCCGUUUUCGAUAGGAAGUCUUCAUUUACUGAAAGAAUUAAAUCUGUCAAUGAACCAAUUUACUGGAGGAUUGCCAGAGUCUUUGACAAAUUGUGUCAACCUUUUGGCUAUUGACAUUAGCCAGAAUAAAUUGACAGGCAAUCUGCCUUCAUGGGUUUUUAAGAUGGGAUUACAAAGGUUGUCACUUUCAGGGAAUAGACUAAGUGGAAGAAUAGAGAAUGCUUCGUUUAGUUCAAUGAAUCAAGGUCUUGAGGUCUUGGAUGUAUCUUCAAAUGUAUUAUCUGGGGAAAUUCCAUCUAAUAUUGGAGUUCUUAGUGGCACGCUGUUGUUGAAUUUGUCCAGGAACCAUCUGUUUGGUUCUAUUCCAGCAAGUGUUGGAGCAUUGAAAGCCACCCAAUUUCUUGAUCUGAGUAACAACUGGUUACAUGGAAGCAUUCCUUCAGAAAUUGGGGGUGCAGUUUCACUCAAGGAACUGAGGUUGGAGAAGAACUACUUGACUGGUAAAAUUCCGACUCAAAUCAAGAACUGCUCAUCUUUGACAUCUUUGAUCCUAUCUCAUAACAACCUCACUGGCUCAAUCCCUGCUGCCAUUGCAAACCUAAGCAACCUUCAAUAUGUGGACUUGUCUUUCAACAACCUCACUAGUAGCUUGCCCAAAGAGCUUGCAAAUCUUUCCGGCCUUGUGUCCUUUAAUAUUUCCCACAAUCAUUUUCAAGGUGAACUACCAGUUGGGGGCUUCUUCAACACCAUCUCUGCCUCGUCUGUCUCUGGAAAUCCAUCUCUCUGUGGCUCUGUUGUCAACCACUCCUGCCCAUCUAACCAUCCCAAGCCAAUUGUCCUCAAUCCCAACUCUUCAGACUCAUCCAAUGGUGGCUCCUCUCCCAAUCAUCGUCAGAAAAUUGUACUUAGCAUUUCUGCGCUUAUUGCCAUUGGAGCAGCAGCUUUAAUUGCAAUUGGUGUAGUAGUUGUCACUGUCCUUAAUAUCCGUGUGCGGUCUUCUAUGUCACGGGCUGCUGUUGCUCUCAUGCUAUCUGGAGAGGAAGAUCAUAGUUCUCCCUCUAAGGACCCAAAUUUUGGAAAGCUUGUAAUGUUUUCAGGUGAUGCUGAAUUUGUUGCUGGGGCUAAUGGGCUGCUCAACAAGGACUGUGAACUUGGUCGUGGUGGGUUUGGAGUUGUUUACCAGACAAUCCUUGGAGAUGGGCGUUCAGUUGCAAUCAAGAAGCUAACAGUUUCAGGGUUAAUCAAGUCCCAAGAAGAUUUUGGAAGGGAAAUGAAAAAACUUGGGAAGAUAAGGCACCAUAAUCUUGUGACACUUGAAGGAUAUUACUGGACUCCAUCUUUGCAACUCCUCAUCUAUGAAUUCAUCGCAGGAGGGAGUCUGUAUAAGCAUCUCCAUGAUGGAGACAGUAAAGAUAUCCUAUCUUGGCGACAGAGAUUCAAAAUAAUCCUGGGGAUGGCAAAAGGAUUGGCCCAUCUGCAUCAAGUGAACAUGAUUCAUUACAAUCUGAAAUCAACCAAUAUUCUAAUAGAUAGUUCUGGUGAGCCCAAGGUGGGAGAUUUUGGCCUGGCACAGUUGUUGCCAAUGUUAGAUCGCAGCAUCUUAAGUAGCAAAAUUCAGAGUGCACUUGGCUACAUGGCUCCUGAGUUUGCAUGCCGAACGGUGAAAAUAACUGAGAAAUGUGAUGUUUAUGGCUUUGGCAUCUUAGUAUUGGAGGUUGUUACAGGGAAGAGACCUGUUGAAUAUAUGGAGGAUGAUGUGGUGGUGCUUUGUGACAUGGUGAGGGGAGCAUUGGAGGAUGGCAAAGUGGAAGAAUGUGUUGAUGGAAAUCUUGAGGGGAAUUUUCCCCCAGAUGAGGCAAUUCCAGUGAUAAAGCUUGGUCUGAUCUGUGCAUCUCAGGUACCAUCAAAUCGGCCUGACUUGGAAGAAGUGGUCAAUAUUUUGGAACUGAUCCAAUGCCCUUUAGAAGGGCAACAAGAGGAGUUGGAAUGACACAAACUUUCAGAAUUUGAACACGAAAGCAAGUCACGAGAGGAUUUCUGGUGAAGAAGAAUAUGGUUUGUCUGUUAAAGAAAAAUGAAGAGAUAUAUUGUUCAAUAUCCAUUUCUUUUCCAAAUAUUUGUUUGUUGUUUUUUCAUUGUAUUUUUCCUUUUUGCCUUAUACUACAGUUUCCUUUAUCGAAUUCUUUUUCAUCUGAUGAACAUGAGACUUGAAAAUAUUGUUCACUGCUAUAUCUAUCAAUAUACUGUAGUCACUGAAACCAUCUUUGGUUUCAUUGUGUCUCAUGUUAUUCAUA